CAGGCCAUUGCCCCAGUUAACUUUGUUCCAAACAUCAAUUUGUUCAUAAACUUCGAGGAAAUUAGUUUUUUUAAUGGUAAACGAUCAAAGUAGCAUCAUUUGUGAGGAAAUUAGUUUUUAUAAAUGGUAAACGAUCAAAGUAGCAUCAUUUGUAUGGAAAAGAUCGGUUUCCACCCAUCGUCUCAAAGUUCAUCAAGUUGGUCUGUACCAGGAUUCACAAUAUAUGUAAACCGGCAAAAACCAAUGUAAUUCGGACGCUUUUUCUUUGUUAAAAAAAUAAUUAAAUUCUAGUUUGAAUUUUUUUAACUUGACCGGAAAAACUGAGUGGUUUUGUGUUAUCGAGCCGUCCCAGGAAAUCAGGUUUUCGUUGGGUUUGUGAACCCUGGUCUGUACGCACAUGUGUUCUCCUUUCCUGAUGCUAAAUAUUGAAUGCUUGUAGGCUUUGGAGAUGGCCAUGAGGUGUUCUUCCCCACUAACCGAACAGGCCAGGAAGAUGCAUGAUUCCUCAAAUUCUGGCAUCCUCCCUUUGGACGUGCUGUUCGACGUCCUGGUGCGGCUCCCAGCCAAGGAGCUCUGCUGCCUCCGUGUUAUCUGCCAGGCAUGGCGGUCCCUGACCUCCGAUCCCCUUUUCAUCAAGGCACACGCAGCUCACCACAGACAGCCGCUCCUCUUGGCCACAUUUAGAGACGACGAGGCACAUGUUCAUAUCAUGGAUUUGGUAGGCAAUGUGCUUAAGACGAUAGGAAUCCCGGUUGGCCACAAGGUGUUGUGCACACACCUCGAUCUGGUCUGUGUAGCCACAAAUUGGAACAGCUGCCGUGUGCUUAAUCCGGCCACCGGAGCUGUAUACGAUUUGCCUGAAAAUCCAGCAGAGGAGCACAUGUACCAUGCCCACCUAUGCAAACCUUACACCUCAUUUGCAUUUGGGCGUAUCGCCUCCACGGGAGAGUACAAGGUGCUCCGGAUGUUCAACCGUCCCGGAUUUACAGACCUUGAGCUCCCUCAGCUCUGUGAGGUCUUUACAGUCAAGGGUGGCACAGGCCAAGGCCAUGCACAUUGGAGGGGAAAACAGAGCCGUCAGUUCUUUGUUGAGAUGCAAAAGGCGAACAGCGGUGUCGUCGUUAAUGGGGUGGUGUACUUCUUGAUGGAUGCUCUAUAUGAUGCUAUGAUUAUUAGUGGACUGGGAGCUGGCAUUCAUCCAGACUUCAUCUUUUCUUUUGACCUUGAGACUGAGGAAUGGAGGGAAGACAUCCAGGGGCCAAUUAGCAGCAGCUUUGUAUUCGACGGUGAUUUUGAUCCACAGGAGUAUUUCUCAAUUUGGCAUCAACUUUGUCUGGCUGAGUUGAAAGGCUAUUUAGUUCAUCACCAGCGGUUUUGUUCAACCAUGGACCUAUGGUUUCUAACCGAUUAUGAGACCCGUGCCUGGGUUAAAGAAUAUAGCAUUCAGACUGAAUCGUUCAUCCCUGUUCUUGAGUACGAUGUAAAGCCAUUGCUGGUAUUAGAUGAUGGGAGGAUACUCAUAUGGUUAGGAUCGACAGGACUACUGCUCAUAUAUGAUCCAAGAACCAGCAGUUUUGCGGAAGUCAAGAUGAGACAUCUUGCUGAAGUUGGCAUGUACACAGGAAGCCUACUGAGUUUACAAAAUGGUGACAUGGUGUAGCAUUGUAAUAUUAUGUUACACACUUCAGUUUGCAGUUAAUCACUUAUGCAGGAAACCAUUUCUAUUGCUUUUGGUUUUGGAAGUCAUUUUUGGACACAACCAUAAAAUGCUGGGGUUGAUCUCAUGUUGCAUUGGAGCCAGCAAAGCUGUUGCAAAUUCUUGAAGAUGGUAGGUGUCUUUAUUUAUUUAUUUUGUACAUUCUUAUGUAAACAUAACGUAGAGUGUACCUGUCAGCAUACAUUCUGGUAUCUGACAUAAUUUAGGGGAACUGCAACCUUACUUUUCAGCUGCUUGUUGGGUGGCUAGUGUGACUUAUGUGCAAUUUGAUAUUUUGAUUCAAG